AGUUUCCUGUAUUGCGCUCAGCGCAUGCUGACCGGGUACAACGCUGCCAUAAAGGUAGCCGCCAAACGCAAUUCUCUUAAAGUGUGCCGGAUAUGCACUGUGUGCAGCGACCUCAGCAGUCCGAUCAGCACCAUUCCCACAUGUGGCGUAACGGAAAAAGCAGUGCACAAUUCGCCCCGGGUGCACUUUAGUCAGCCUAAACACUUCCAGUAGGCAGCUCUGCAGACAGAACGCUACAUUUGCUUUCUUCGCUUUAAUUUUCUGGAACAACCCCCCAACCCCCCCCCCCCCCCGGGGCGGGGGCGCGGAAGCCUCUCUCUCUCUCUUUGUUCUGCUAAUACCCAUUUGGAACGGAAUCUCUGCAGAGCUCUGAAGGUAACAAUGACAAUGGAGCCGUGGAGGACUAAGAGGAGGCUGAUUGUGGAAGUUGAGGACAGUGACAUUGACAAGGUGUACAAAUUCAAAAUAUUGUUACCAAAUGGGAAAGCUUUGGUCCUGACAUUGUGCGAACCACCAAAUGAAAUGCCCCUUGAAGAGUUUGUUGAUAAUGUGAAGCAUGAGUAUUUCCAAAGUAUAAGACAGUUGGACUUGGUGAACCCAAUAAAGCGCAUAAUGUGGAAGAGUAAAGAUGUGUACCUUGAAGAUGGUUAUGGAAAUAAGAUUAGAAAUAAAAUAUGUUUCACAAACUUUAAGAUGCACAAGUGCCAUAUUUUACAGCUUCAUGAUGGAUCUGCUGAUACUGCGGAUAAUUUUGAGAAUAUGUGGGAUUUGACACCUGAUACAGAAUUGCUAAUGGUGCUCCCUAAAGAAUAUACGUUUGAGACUGCUCUUGCUGAUUUGAUUGACAACUCACUGCAAGCAGUGUGGUGCAAUGGUGCAAAAGAAAGGAGAUUAAUCAGUGUGGAGAUUGCUGAGGAUAAAUUAUCAAUUUUUGACACUGGCCCUGGAAUGGAUGGUAGUGAUGAGAAUUCUAUAGUGAGAUGGGGAAAGAUGGGUGCCUCACUCCAUAGGUCAUUGAGAGGGGAGGCAAUAGGAGACAAACCUCCAUACUUGAUGCCUUUCUUUGGCAUGUUUGGGUAUGGAGGACCAAUGGCGUCCAUGCAUUUGGGGAGGCAUGCUUUAGUUUCUUCAAAGACAAGAGAGUCCAAGAAGGUUUUUACUUUACGUCUAGAGAGAGAGGCUUUAGUUAACAAAUCAGGCUCUGAACAUACUUGGAGGACGGAUGGUGGAAUAAGGGAUCCGUUUCAUGAAGAAAUUACUAAAUCACCACAUGGAAGCUUUACUAAGGUUGAGAUUUUUGAGCCUAAAUUGAAAAGAUUGGGCAUAUUUUCACUUCAAUGUAAACUCAAGGACAUCUACUUUCCCUAUAUUCAGUGUGAUGAUGUAUCCAGCAAAGGCAAGACAAUCAUGCCUAUUGAGUUUCAGGUCAAUGGCAUUGAUUUAGCUGAAAUUGAAAGUGGGGAGAUUGCAACAACAAACUUGCACUCUUGUAAUGGUCCUGAAUUUGUUCUACAACUUCGUUUUGACUGUAAGAAGGACAAUACUGCAACUAGAGGUUCAGGUCUCCAGAAGGCUCAUGCAUGCUUGAAGUGUGUUUAUUUUCCUAUUGUGGAGGGUAAAGAGAGUAUUGAGAGGAUUUUGGAAAAGUUAGAUGCUGAAGGACUUGGAAUUUCAGAAAGCUAUGAAACAUUUAGUCGCGUAUCUAUUCGACGGCUAGGUCGUCUACUUCCAGAUGCUCGAUGGGCACAACUUCCUUUCAUGGAACCUAGGAUUAAGAAAGGAGACAAAGCUCAAAUCCUGAAGAGAUCUUGCUUAAGAGUCAAAUGCUUCAUUGAUACUGAUGCUGGUUUUGAUCCAACACCUUACAAGACUGACUUGGCACAUCAUCAUCCUUAUACUGUUGCGCUGAGAAAUUUUGGCAAUAAGCCUCUUCAGAAUGAUAAAGAUGUCAACCUUGAAAUCUAUAAAGAUGAGAAACCAUUGUCUCUAUCACAACUGGAAAGGGACUAUCAAGAGUGGAUUUUCCAAAUGCAUGAUCAUUAUGAUGAAGAAAUUGACUGUGGUGAGGACCAGCCAGUUCUUGUUAUCAAACCAACAAACAGAAAAGGGCUUGGCAUUUCAUCUGAUGUUGCCAGGGUUCAUCGGAUUAUAAGGAGGAAAGGAAUAUCAUGGAAAUCUGGACAGAAAGUUAAGAUCCUCAAGGGGGCGUGUACUGGAUGCCACAAAAACAACAUUUAUGCUAUAUUAGAAUAUAUAUUGCUUGAGGGAUUUCAAGGGGAUUCAGGCGGGGGAGCUCGAAUUAUAUGCAGGCCACUAGGUCUUUCAGACGAGCGUGGCUGCACCCUUAUUGAGAAUGAUGGAAGCUUCAGUGUUGACAUUCGUGAAUCUAUGUCCUUACCCAUCAGUGUGAUAGACUCUGGAAAGUGUGUAGCUAUUGAAAGUGCCGAAUGGGAUUACCAAGUUGAGAGGCAACGCCAGAAAGCUCCAUCUGCAAUUGAUAUAUUGAGUGCUAAAGAUUGUCAUAAGCUAGAUGUUGAUUCGGUAUUACCUGUUGGCCCUUCAGUUUAUGCUGGACAUGUUCCUCCUAAUGAAAUUGUGGCAGUUGUUCGGCCCGUCAGUUUCUUUUCUUCUAAUGCUGCAAAGAACUUGGAUCAAAAGUAUAUCGUUAACAAUCAUUUGGAGAUGCAUGUGGAAAUUAAGUUUAUCAAUGAAGCUAUGGAUAUUCCAGAAAAGGCCCAUCAUAUUUAUUCAGGACACAUAGCACCUUCCUCGCGCAAAGGAUUCCAUGGCUUAUAUAUCCUUCCACUUGGAUCCAAGCUCCCAAAUUUAUUUCAAAAGGCUGGUGUUUAUACAUUUUCAUUUUAUGUUAAAAAUUCAGUUGUUAAAAGUUGUGAAAAGAGAGUAUCGGUCAAGGCAUCAUCUCAGGUUGGAAGGUGGGAACUCUUGGGUAGCGAAAAGAAUCUACCAUUUAAUGUAUGGGUUGGUUCAUGCUUUCCACCAUUCUCAAUUACAUGCAAUGAUGUAUAUGGCAAUCGGAUUCCAUUCAGAUCCAUUCCAAAUUUGAUUGUCAAAAUUGAUUUGAAAUGCGAUAAGCCUGCCAAUGUAAACAAAAUGAAUUUUUGCCUUUCAUCUGAUAGGUUGUUGCUCUUAGUUAAGAAUGUUCUAAUUGAAAGCAGUGAUUUGGACAAGAUUCGGCCAGAUUAUGGAGCUAAUUUAGUUAUUUGUACACAAGAUGAGUUGUUCUCAAUUUGCAUUCCAUGUCAUGUUACUCCUGGACCUUUACGACGUGUUGCAGUCCAACCAGCCAAAGUGGAGAACCAGUUGCUUCCUAGAUGUGUUGUUAAGGAUUUUAUAUUUGAGAUGUUUGAUAUGUAUGGUAAUCAUGUAAAAGAAGGCUUGGAAGUUCUAUUUGAGGUGGAUGGAUUUUGUUUUGAAGAUAAAAGAGGUCCAAAGCGAAAGGUGAAUGAUAAUGGAUGCAUUGACCUCAGUGGCCUCUUGAAAGUGACAGAAGGAUAUGGAAAAAAUGUGUCUGUUUCUGUAAUUUUUGAGAACAUCGUAAUUUUCAAGCAAGAGUUUCAGAUAGAGAAAAGGGGGUUGAGAGCUGCAUCUGGGGUUUGUAUGGAUUGUUUUGCUGGUUCUCAACUGGAAAAUAUUGUCUUUGAGGUUGUUAAUUCUGAUGGUGAAAUUGAUGAAACUUUUCACAAUGAAGAGAAAUUUGGCCAGUACCAUAUGCUAACAAUAAGGUCAGAGUUAUUUGAUAAAGGUGAUUCCAUACGAUAUGCAUUCCGGCAUGGGCGUUGCAUCAUUCCUGCCAUUCCCAUCCCUCAAACAGAAGGGGAAUACUUCCUUGUAGCUGCUCACUCUUGUCAACCAGAGCUCAAUUUGAGAGUCAAGGUCAUUGUGCAUGCUCCAGAAAUGGAACAAAAUGUUCUGCAACAAUGUUCAGAUGAAAAGAUCUUACUCCUCCAGGAUACAUGCAAUCCCACAAGUGUAAAUAACUUAAUGGUGUCCAUUGUGAAUGAUGUAAAGGAGCUUGAUGAUGAAGUCAACAAAUAUGGUUUGCGCAUUGGAGAUCUGGAAGAGAGAUUGAAAUGGCUUGAUGACCGCAAGGCAUUACUUGAGGAAGACAUGUUUGAGUUGCAAGCUUCUGUUGAACCUGUUAUUUUGAACCAUUCAGACUUGAUGUUUGAGAGAGAGGCAAUGAUGGAGCGGAUUGAGAGCAAGGGCGAUUCUGCAGCUGCUGUUUUCUGCAAUUUUUCUAGAAAAUCUCGAUACUAUGAUCUUGAGAAUGACUCUAUGAAAGAUAUACUUGAUAUCGUUGCACUUCUUGGAACAGUUCCAACAAAUAAUCUGAGCAGGAUACUAGCUGAGUACUUGGGUGAAGACCAAAUGCUUGCGAUUGUGUGCACAUCCUAUGCAGCUGCAUGUGCUCUUGAGAAGUAUGAACAAAAUGGAAAAGUAGAUCAUGAAUUUGCACUUCAUGCAAUUGCAACUGAAUUAGGAAGAAAAAUAAGUGGUCGGUUUCUUGUUAUAUGUCUUGAAGAUAUAAGGCCAUAUAAUGGGGAAAUUAAAGGCAAUGAUCCUCAGAGGAAACUGUUGUUGACUGAUCCUACCCAUCCAACUGGAAAGACCCCACCAGGUUUCUUAGGGUAUGCAGUUAAUAUGAUAAACCUGGACAUCCGUCAUGUACACACAACAACAUCUGCAGGGCAUGGUCUUCGGGAGACUUUGUUUUAUUGUCUUCUUGGUGAGCUCCAAGUGUAUGAAACCAGAGAAGACAUGAAACAGUCCCGUGCCAUUAUAAGACAUGGUGCUGUAUCCCUAGAUGGGGGCAUUAUGAGGCAAAAUGGAGUUGUUUCUCUUGGUUAUCGGGAACCGGAAAUACAGUUUCCAGUUGUUGCGUCAGAAAAUUUAAUGGGGGUGUCUUCCCAAAGCAUGGACAUCCUGAAGGAAAUGGAAGUAAAGAGGGCAGAUUUAAGAGAGACAGUAGCUGAAAUAGUGAAAGUUAACAAAUGGCAUGCAAAAACAUUGAAGAAGUUCAUGAAAAUGAAGGAGAGGUAUCUGAAGAUGAUGGAUGAGAAGGGACCCCUGAUAAGAGAUUAUUAUCUAGAAUGCCCACUCGGCAUGAAUAGGUCAACUCUCACCCCUUCGUGAUCUGGUUUGCCUCUUGAAUAUCUGUAAAUAGUUAGGUGGACAGAAUUUGACAAUGUUUUGAAAUACAUGUAAAUAGUUGCUUUGGGGAUGGGGGGAUGUUUUGUGGACAGAAUGCAGAAUGUAUAGUCUGAACUUCAUUUAUGGAAGGACAACAGCUUAAUUAAGUCAUUUAUGUCAGUCAGAUUAUAUCAA